AUGGCUUUGCGUGCUGAGUUUGAGAAUAAUGACGAUAUCGGUGUGUUCAGCAAACUUACCAACUCAUACUGUCUGGUUGCAAUCGGCGGUUCAGAAGCGUUCUAUAGCGUGUUUGAAUCGGAGCUAGCGGAUGUAAUUCCAGUGGUACACACUAGCAUUGCCGGAUGUAGAAUAAUUGGCCGUCUGUCGGUGGGCAACAAGAAUGGUUUAAUCGUCCCCAACAGUACGACCGAUGUGGAACUGCAACACUUGCGAAAUUCCUUGCCGGAUGCAGUGAAAAUUCAUCGCGUCGAGGAGCGAUUAUCGGCGCUGGGAAAUGUGAUUGCAUGUAACGAUUACGUCGCUUUGGUGCAUCCCGACCUCGAUCGUGAAACGGAAGAGAUCAUUGUCGAUACACUGGGCGUUGAAGUGUAUCGUCAGACGGUAGCGAACAAUGUACUCGUUGGUGCAUAUUGCGUGUUGAGCAAUCAGGGCGGACUCGUACAUCCGAAGACAACGAGCCAGGAGUUGGACGAAUUGGCUUCACUUCUACAAAUUCCACUCGUAGCCGGAACAGUGAACCGAGGUUGUGAGGUGAUGGCGGCGGGCAUGGUAGUAAACGAUUGGUGUGCAUUCUGCGGCACCAGCACAACCUCGACAGAGCUGUCCGUGGUGGAAAGCGUAUUCAAGCUGAACGAAGCACAACCAUCUAAUGUCACUAGCAACCUCCGAGCAUCUCUGAUCGAAGCGUAA